GACACCUAAUAAGGCGUGGCAACUAAGCAAUCUCCGAGAAACUCCUCUAGACAGAUGAGUCACGAGACAUAUCUAGUUUCGAUGGUUUGCUGUUUCGAUACGCUUUCACUUUUCACGAUGAUCCCUUCCUCAUAUUUUUGACGGAAUACUGCCUCAUUCCAAAUGACAUUUUCCCUGAAAAACAUCGACGAUGCAGGAUUUGGGCUUCGGGAAGGCUCGAAGUUGGAGAGUUUUCUUAACCGGAAAUCAGUUGCCGACCAUCUCGAAACCAACAACGAGUUAGUGAACGUUUGGGGAAGCUGUGGUCAUGUCUUUGUCGCUACUAACGCUGGCCGAAACUUGCACGCUUUUGAAUCCAUUCCUCGAGCUAAGUGGACACCGGAGAGUGAAAGUCUUCUUUUACAAGACCAAGAAUCUCCCAUCAUAAGUGUGCUGUCUAGCAAUGAAAUUCCAUCUCUUAUAUUUAUCAUUCACCAAAACAGCAUCACAGAAUGUUGGGAAUUCACUCAGUCAAAUUACAAAUGGAUGAAGAAGAAUGAAUUUCAAUUGAGUAACACGAAGGGAGUCGAGAUAUUUCAAGUUGUACUUCAUCCUCUCGUAAACUCUUUCUUCUGGUGUGAAAGGCGAUCUGUCUCUGCAUCAAAUUUAAUCAGCUGUUGUGUCUGUAUGAGACAGGUGAUCAUUUCUGAGAGGCUUGGGAACAAUACUGUAGUGUCUGUCGGCCCAUUGGAGGCUAUUCUUCAUGGAUGCCCUCCUAUGUCACUUCAUGUCAUUAGCCGAAGUGUUUGCCUUGUUCCUGAUUUUCCAGAGGAAUUGAGAUGUUUUGUACUCUUUUGGACAUUUGUUCAGAGGUCCUUAAAGAUUUACAUAUGGAAUUAUGGUUUUGUUGGAGAUGUAGAUAAAUUUGACUUUAAGGCAAUAGUUGCAGAAUUACUUUGCCCAUGGACCUCAAGCACAAAGAAUAACUUACAUCAUCUGGUUGCAGUUACAUCUCAUCCUACAACAAAUGAACUUCUCGUAAUUGACAGUGGUUUGGAGUUAUUACUUGUCAAGCUUCAAGACAGUGAUCCAGUUGUAACUUCCCUUGUUAGACUCCAAACAGAUUCUUUGAUUUUUCAUAAUGACAAAAUUUUACAUCUCUUUGCUUUUGGUCUCAUUGUUGGUGUUGUGUGGUUUUCUGGUAAACUUUCACUUUAUGAUGUUGGUUGUGGAGCUGAAAUAUGUGCACUUGAAGACUUGAAAGGACAGAAAGUCCAUGUUUGGAAAUGCUCUCACUUGGUUAAUUCCAUUGGAUUUUGGUCAGUCAAUGGAAUUUGGAAGCUUCAAUCUGGAACAGUACUUGAAAUUGCAGAUUGCAUCAAGUCCUCUGUUAAUUCAUCACAAUGUGCAAGAGGAGAAAACAAUUCCUUUGUGACUCAACAAGAGUCAAAUGAAUCUUUAUGCAGUAAUGAUCCAAGCAAAAGUUUCUUCAUAGCAGAUGAUUCAUUGCUAAAAACUGAAUUGGACACUUCAUCAGAAAAUUUUUUGAUUCCUGAAAUAGCGAAAGAUCAACAGAAAUGUGAGAGAUCAUCAGUUGGUUCUGGACAAUCUAAGCACAUUGGUGAAGAAGGUUUUUCUGGUCCUCUUUUUGCAGUGAGUCAUUUGACUAAGUGGAACUUAACCCACAGGGCAGCCAAGCUGGCACUGGACUCAAUUGUUUGCUCAGGAAUCCUUUCAGGUUCUCCUGUGGCAUUUAGUGAGAUCCCUGAAGCUUUUCUCCAUUUGUUGGUCAGUUCCCAUUCUCAGGGCCCUGCAAUUGCUCUUCUGUUGCUCUGGGAGCAUCCUGUACACAGAGAAUUUGUUUUGCUAGAACUUGAACAAUACAUGAAUGAUCUAGGCAAGGACAAAAGUCAGCCAAAAAAGACACUUUUGAAUGAGUUGUUGCAUCCAUAUAUGAGUGAAUUUCUCCUACUCAAUAAACAGUGUAAGUCAGUAAAUGAUCCCAGUGUCAUGGAAAUAAUGCAGUCACCCACCCUACCUACAAACUCUGUUACACAGGAGAUCUUCAGCUUGUUGGAGACAUUUGACAGCAGUCCUCUUGAAAUGGUGCCACUUGAAAGGCUUAGCACAUUGAGUCGUCAGCAUUCACACAAGGUUCUUGAGCAUGUGGCAGAUUAUUUGAAGAUUGAUUUUGAGGAGGAUGAAUUCACAGAAAGUCAGUGGCAGCAACGAUGGAGAAAAAUAUACAGAAUUGACUGGAGAAGCGGUAGAUGGCAGAGAAGUAAAUUAGCUCUCAAGGACCCAUAUAAUGCAAUGUUGAACAUUCUUCUACGGAUGUUUUAUGAGUCAAAAUCUAAUUGGUUGGUGAAAUCAGUGGAGAAGGGAAUUGGGACAGUACGGAUGGAAGAAUCAGAUGACAGAUCAGAGGAAUUUGUCACCCAGUCUGUGUUGGAGUGUCUUCCUGUUUUAAGUAUGAGGCACACCAAUGCCAAGUCAGUCUUGGCACACUCUCAGCUGUGUUACUCAGCUGGGCAAGAGAUACAAGCUCUGCAUUUACUUCUAAGUCACCAAAUGUGGAAAGAAGCCAUUGACUUUAUUUCUCAUUGUGGAGAGGGUAGUGAAAAUCCAAUGUUACUUUUUAUCAUGUUGAUAAAGGGCCUCCAGAGCAGGAAGGCACCUAGUAAGAUGCUACUAGAUGCCCUCAAUUUAAAGCCCAAGGACUUGAGCACUGAUGAGAUUCUGGCAGUACUGAAGGAUCAAGCCAUUGAAACUAAGGAACCUUUUGCAAAGGGUGUAGGACGGACAACUGUGGGUGAAAUGAGGCCUUUUCUUGAUGCCCUCUUUUCCUAUGAGUUGUGAAACCAUAGUUUUCCAUAUAAGAUAUCAAACUUAGCAAAAUAUCACAGAUAUUGCAUUAAUGUUUCAGCCUUUUCACUCCCAAAAUCUCCUUUAGUUUGUCAUUCUCCUUCCUGUUCGUCAUACAACUCCUAUGAAGU